AUUGAAAUCAGUGGCAAAUUUGCUUCAAUUUCCUCUUCUAUUUAUGAAACUAAUUUGAAGUGGAGAACGUUCAUUUGAAUCUCCUGGAUAAAUGUGCUUACAUGUUCUCAUUUCCCUGUUCGUCAACUAUUUAUUUUCUCUAUUUCUUUAUGCUGUGGUUCACUUCUCGGUGACUAUAUUGUACCAAGUUUGUGUUUUGAGUAAAUGAUAAUAGAUACCUUGUUCGCUUAAAUCUGCUUAUUGUUUGAAAGUAUAUUAGUAGACAUUUAGGUUAUUACAAUAUUACAAACUAUUUAUAUUGUUAUUAAAACAGUAGAUCAUCAGUAUGUCAGAUGUUGUUGUACGCACAAAUGAAAUGUCAACCUUUUGGCCUCUCUUACUGGAUUACGACCGGCGCGAAUGCCUACAAAUCUUACGUCGGUUAGAACUUGAGGCUUACAGUAAGAUUGUUGCAGUUUUGAGGGCGCAAGGACCUUUGACAGAAGAAAAGAAAAAACUGUUGUGCAAGUUGCAACGUCUGCUGAGUAUAUCCAUUGAUCGACAUAAAGCAGAAGUUCGAAGAGCCCUCAAUGAUGAAGAGCUAGCGACUAUUUCAGAAGCUGUAUGCGGAAAGGAGGUAGAUGAAGAGUGGAUUUUAGAAGGCAAAAGAAUUUCCCCAAUUUUUCAACGUCCGAGUCCUGAAACCAUCUUUUUAUCCCAAGCCAACAAAGCUUCAUUUGAACAGCUAGUGCGUAAUUCUAGAUUACCACGUCCAGCUGAAACAGCACUUCCAGAAAACCUAAUGAAACUGAUAAAGCUUAGUGAGAAAAAUGAAGUUAAGCCAGCAGUUGACAAGUUGUUGAAGUUUAUUGAAAUAGAAACUUGUGUGUAUAAACCUAAGUACUCUGGAACAUCAUUACAACGUUUUAGAGCUUCACAGUCUUCAGUUAUCUCUACCAGCGAAGCUUUAAGGCCAUUAUCCCAGGUUCACGGUUCUAAAGUAAUCAGGGCUGCAAUACCUGGCAGUAAUGUUGGAGCAACUUACUCACCCAAUCUGUAUUACAGUCCUAUGAUCAAUAUUGCAACAGAUGGUGUCCCAGUUAAUGAUCAAACAAAUCGUACUUCAGUUCUUCAACAGAAUGCACUAGUUCCGUCUAGUUCGGUGGUUCAAUUUCCAUCCUCCGGAAACAAUGUUAUUGUUCUACAGAAAGGUUUUGCUUGUAAAACUUUCACGCCGACUUCAUCGAUACGCAUUGGUCAAAAUAUACCUGUGAAUACACAGACAGCUGUAUCUGGAACUUUCUCAACUAAUUCAGUUGCAUUUCCUGGUCGUCAAUUUCGAAUUAUCGGAUUACCGAAUGCGACAUCUGCUGUUUGUACUGCAAGUACUAUUGAAACUCAAGUAUAUGCUCAAGAAUCGCAUUCAUCAAUUCAAAACAAUUCUAAUGCUACUAGUGUUACUCUAUCAAAUCAAUUACCUCAAAUUCCACAUGUCGGAACAAUCGUAGAAGUUGAUUUGGAUUCAGAUACUUACAAUGAGCAGAACAAUUAUACGGAUCGAAAUACUGUUAGUAACAUUAGUAAUAAAAUCAUUCCAAAGACAACGUUAUCAUCGUCGGACUUACAGAAAAUAACACCUGUCCAUAGACCAGUAGUGUCUACUUCAAAUGCAACUCCAGCAAAUAAUAACAGUAACAACAAUAAUCGAAGUGGGGUACAUGAUACAUCUCGAUUCUGUACACAAACUUCGAAUGAUGUUACUCAAUUGAAUAUAGCCAGUGUAAAUAAAGUGGAUAGAUUGCCAGCAUACAGUAGUGAGGAUAAAGGAAAACAAUCAACAGAAGCUACUUCCACGGAUUCAGCACAUCAAUGCAUUGAGCUAAAUUCUUCUUGGAAUCAUACUCGCAGCAACAAUCCCACUGAUGAAUCCUAUCCUGCUAAUAUUACUACUACUACUACCACUGCUACUACUACUACUACUCCGAAUGUAUUUAACAUCAAUCCCCCAAGUCCUAAACGAUCACGUUUCGAAUUGUCAGCAGCAUCGGUUGAAAGUUCGCAUUAAUAGUAGCAACAACAAUAGACGGGUGGAUGAUGUGUAAAAUUUAACUUUGAACAAGUGUCAUUACACUAUUAUCAUUUCUUAUUACUACCACUACUACUAUUAGUUUAUAUGUCUUCUUUUCAAACUUUCUUUUGAUUGUUUAUUUUAUUAUUAUUAUUUUUUCUCUAUCUAUCGAUAUGUACUUAUUUAUUUAUUUGAGGAAUUUAUCAGGCAAGUGAGUGAUUAUGCCUCAAGGUGUGUUUAUGCGUUUAAACUCCUUUGUUCUUUCUCUCCCUCUCUCUCUCUCUCUCAGUCUCUCUAGCUUUGAGCAUACUCACUCACUCGCUCAACGAGAAGUCAGCAUACUUCGUUUAUCUUUUAAACUCUUUCUUGAAGUAUCAUUAUAAUUUAUUCAUUGUAUUAUAUCAAUAUUGAACAAUACCAUACCCCCCCAUACCUUGUAUCAUACAGUGAGAUAUUCUUAUAAAUUUAUGUAUUAUUAUUAUAUACUCUCAUAUUUUUAUGUAUUUGUAUGUGUGUAGUGUUUCACAUACUCCCUAUACGACAUUAUACGAUAGUAACACACACACACACACAUGCAAGAUUGUAUUAAUAAUGGUUACAUAUUAUAUACUUGAUAAAAGAGCUUAUCAUUUUGUCCACCAUAUAGGCUAUAGUCUCUCUCUCUCUCUCUGACUGUCGAACCAAUCUCUCUUUUAUCCUGUCUUGUCACAUAUAUAUCAUAAAUUUUUUUAUACUCAUACAGUUGUACUUACUUGUAAACUGUUUUACACAGUGUAUUGUUCAUAUCUUUUGUUUUUCAAACACUGAUUAUAUAUAUAUAUAUAUAUAUAUAUAUAUAUCAUCUAUCUGAUGUAUUACUCGAUUGAUUGUAUUUGUACAUAGAUUGUAUUGUGUUCAUCUACUCUAUUGUACACGCUGUAUUACGAAGAGACAAGCUUUGAAUUGCAUUCAUUAUUCAUCCGCAUUAAUCUUAAUCAUUAUUUGUUCCAUUCACUAUAUACUAUUCACUAUAUAUUCACUAUACGUACGAUGAUGAUGAUGAUGAUGAGGAGGAGUACGGGUUGCAUCGUUUUUGUGGUGUCAUUGUUGUUACAACUAGUGUUCCCAUUGUUUCAUUUCUUUUUCUUUUUAUCUGUCAGGUCUUGUAUUUAUUCCUCUACAAAACCAUACUUGUUAUAUUGUCUAAGCUAAAACAUAAAAGGCUUUAUAAGGAGAAUGACAAUUCAAUUAGGUAAGGGGAUAUCAAAGGAACUAGCCAGUUUUGCUUGGUAUAGUAGGCGAACAGUACUUGUGACUGUGUUUUCGAUUAAGACAUUGAAGGCAUAUAGUUGUCAUCUGGGGACUCUUUUUUUUUUCCUUUUUUCCACUCUGUUUUUGAGCAUUCGCUUUGUUGCUAAGGUGUUUUUUUAAGUCCCACCACCUCCACAUACUUUCUUUACUGUCAAUAGUAUGAGUUGUUAAGUAUUCAAUGAAUACUGUCGAGCUUAUUUCUUAUUAGUUUGAAGAAAUCGCCUCUUUCUCUUUCCCAUCGAUAUUGCUUUUGCUCAUUUAGGUCUCUACUCUUUCUUUUCUCCCGAUCGUUGUGACUUGUGAGUUGCCAGUAUAUUGGCAUUGAUGAGUUCUCCUCCUACUACAGCUGCUAAGACGACUACUACAACUUCUAGCAAGAGGUUAUAGUUUAUCAGGACAGCAGUGUUGACUAAUCUCUUUGAAUAUAACGUGUUUUCUAACAUUUUUUUAAUUAUUAUUAUUAUUAUCGAAGUUGUUCAACACAUAUCUUAACUGUUUUCUUCAUUGAGUGUAUAAGUUUAAUAGAGAGUAAAUUUCUAAAUUACAUUUUUGUAUCACAUUUUAUUUGUUUGUUUUCUCUUUUUUGGUUGACUGAUUGCAUGCUAUUUCCAUUGUAAAUAUAAAUUUAAAUGUUUUUAUACACAGAUCUUUAACUUUUUCCUCAUUAUUGUUUUGACUGUAAAUUAUUUCGUAUGUAGUGG